AUGCAUCGCCCAACAUUGAACCAUCCGUCCGUCACCCUGCUCGCCGAACCUCUGGUGCUAGAUCCUUCCAGUUCUGGGUGCGAACGGGGCCCUGCUGGUCCGCCGAGGGGGGCCGCUAGGGGUCUGGCCCAGCCCGCCAGGAGAGCAGGGCCCCCCAGCGGCCAUGUCCCGCGACUAGGGGGGUGCAAGGGGGUGCCACGCGCUGUGCGACUCGGCCUUCAGGUCAGUGGACGGUCCGUCGUGCUCCAGAACACCAGAUUUCAACACUCCAGAGCUGGAGCCGCCUUUUGGUUUGAGCAGCUUGAAGUCAUAAGAUCCGCCGCCGAACAAGGAACAAGGGAAGCAGGACCGAGGCUCCCGCGGCUCCUUCAAGGUUCUCGCCAACGGGCAUCGAGCCAAAAAAACGACGUCGAGUCACGGCCAGCCGAGUCAAGAAGCGACGAGACGAGCGCGGCAGGCCGUGGCGGAGCCGAUCAGAGAGAGGCAAGCGGUUGGUGGAGAGAAGGGGGGCGGGUGAUGGAUGAUGGAUGA